AUGGCAGCUUCCUGUGACUCCUGGCUGGCUGGCGGCCUCAUCACUCUCGUCUUUCUCCAGCUGCCGACGCACCUGUCAGGAGAUGCCGACAAGUACCACCUGGCCCCGCUCGGGGGCACGGCUGAGCUGCUCUGCCCGCUGCCGCUGUGGCCCCAGGUGGCAUUCGACGAGGUGCGCUGGCUGCGGGCCGCCGGGCCGGGGCGCGCCGGGGCCGUGCACGUGUUCCGGGAUGGGCAGGACCGGGAGGACGAGCUGCUGCCCGAGUACCGGGGCAGGACGGCGCUGGUGAGAGACGCCCGAGAGGGAACCGUCACUCUGCAGAUCCGCGACGUGCGCCUGGAGGACCGCGGGCCCUACCGCUGCCGCAUCCGGAUAGGGAACCUGAGCCGGGAGGACUCCGUGAGCCUGCAGGUUGCAGGCUCUGAUCCUUACAUCCAUGUGACCGGCUAUGACGCUGGGUGGAUCCAGCUGGUGUGCAGAUCGGUGGGAUGGUUCCCGAAGCCUUGGGCUGAGUGGAGAGACCCGGAGGGCAGAAAGCUUCUCUCCCUGUUGGAGGUCCACUCUCCGGACGAGGCAGGGCUCUUCCGCACAGCAGUGGCCAGCAGGAUCAGGGACAGCACUCUGGGGAAUGUGUCCUGCACCGUGCGCAACGUGGCCCUUGGCCAGGAGAGGACCACUGUCAUGGUCAUAGCAGCCCCAUCUCCAGGAAGGCUGUCCGCCUCGGAGGUGGCUCUCGCCGCCAUCCUGCCCGUCCUGGGGCUCCUCAUCACAGCAGGCGUGUAUCUCAUCUGGAAGCAACGACGAUCGAAAGAGAAACUUCUCUAUGAACAGGUGAUGGAGGUGGAAAACCUUCUCUCAGACCAUGCUAAAGAAAAAGGGAGACUCCACAAAGCACUCAAGAAACUCCGGAAUGAGCUGAAACUGAAGAGAGCUGCAGCCAACUCAGGCUGGAGAAGAGCCCGGCUGCAUUUUGUGGCUGUGGCCCUGGACCCGGAUACGGCACAUCCUAAGCUCGUUCUGUCCGAGGACAGGAGGUGCGUGAGGCUUGGCGACAGAAAGCAGCCCCUGCCCGACAACCCCCAGAGGUUUGAUUUCGUCGUCAGCGUCCUGGGCGCCGAGUACUUCACGGCCGGCUGUCACUACUGGGAGGUGUACGUGGGAGACAAGACCAAGUGGAUCCUUGGGGUGUGCAGCGAGUCGGUGAGCAGGAAGGGCAAGGUCACCGCCUCGCCCGCCAACGGACACUGGCUCCUGCGGCAGAGCCGUGGGGAGGAGUACGAGGCACUCACGUCCCCGCAGACGGCCCUGCGCUUGAAGCAGCCUCCGCGCUGCGUGGGCGUCUUCCUGGAUUACGAAGCGGGAGUCAUCGCCUUCUACAACGUGACUGACAAGUCGCACAUCUUCACCUUCACCGACAGCUUCUCCGGCCCGCUCCGCCCUUUCUUUGAGCCUUGUCUCCACGACGGAGGGAAAAACACGGCGCCUCUGAUCAUCUGUCCUGAACUGCUGCAGUCCGAAGAGUCCCUCGCCCCCAAGCCAGAAGGAAAAGGCCACGCGAAUGGCGACGUGUCCCUGAAGCUGAACCCCUCCUUGCGACCCCCUCCCGCCCCAGAGCUGCCCCCACUCAGGGACAUGAUCGAGUCCUGGCCCUCCGACGUGGGCCCGGCCCUUCAGGGCUUCAGGGCUCCUUCCUUGUAG